UGCGUUGCGUUAUCAGCCGGCCCGUGUUAGGUUGCAGCAAUAUGUCCGAUAAAGCGAUCUUAUGCAACAUUGCGAUUGCAUAGUCAUUAGCUUAUCAGACUCGACCUUCCACCUUGUGGAAUUUUACUUUUAUUUUUUAAUGCGAUUCGCACUGUCGCGUACAAUAGUAGUUUAUCGCGCUGACAUUUCCCCUUUGUCCCUACGAGCGUUUGUUUACAACUUCACGCGUAAUUCGUUCCGUACAUUCAUGAGCGUCACCGCACUCGCCGGUUCUCGAAGUGCCUCCACGUCUGCCUGGGAAAAUGGAGCGGAGCACGGUGUUCGUGGACAUGCUGGUGGAGAGACGGAAGGACUGCGAUAUCUCGUGGGCGACGCGACCCAUGGAUCCGCUGCUACCGCAUAAACUGCCACCGGAGUCGAAAUACAGCAGAGAAGAGACGAUCGAGCGCAUCUUGUCCGAUGCACGAGUGAGGUGUACGAUCGAGAAGUUAGCAGCUACGAACGGCAUCGGUACCAAGGAUAUCGAGAAGAACGCGCGCGCUAUAUUGAAUGAGAUGGCCAGCAAAGAGGACUUGGCGACGGUUCGUUGGCUAGGCAUUUUCAUAACAAAAGCCAUGAAGAGGAUGUUCGCCAAGAUCUACGUGAACGAGCGCAGGCUCUUCGGCCUGAAGCGAGAGAUGCAAAUGUCGCAGGUGCAGUACAUCUACGUGCCGAGUCACAGGAGUUACUUGGACUUCAUAUUGCUGUCGUACGUUCUCUUUUCCUACGACAUGGCAUUACCGAAUAUUGCCGCCGGCGUCGAUUUUUACAAGAUGAAAAUAGUAGGCGAGUUAAUGCGGAAGACCGGGGCGUUUUACAUGCGACGUAGCUUCUCCGACGAUCUGCUCUACAAGGAGAUCUUCCGCUCGUACGUCAGCAGCAUCGUCAGCCACAGCGGCAGGGCGAUCGAGUUCUUCAUCGAGGGCACCCGCAGCCGCAGUCAGAAGAGCAUAACGCCGAAAUACGGCCUGCUGUCCAUGAUCCUGGAGAGUCUGCUUCAAAGCGACGUGCCCGACAUACAGUUCAUACCGAUAAGCGUCAGCUACGAGCGGCCGCCGGAGGAGUUGCUGUUCGUUUACGAGCUGCUGGGUAUCCCGAAGCCGAAGGAAACCACGGCCGGGCUUCUUCGCUCUCUCUCCAUACUGCAGAAGCCCUUCUCGCACGGCCGCAUCUUCUUCAACAUCUGCGAGCCGAUCUCCGCCCGUCGCUACGUGGACGUGUCGCUUCGCAGGGCGCGCGUUUUGUCGCCCUACGUCAAACUGCCUACGUCGAUCUCGGAGACCAUGGCUUACCUCAUAAUAGACGAGCACAAGAAGAACACCGUGCUGAUGCCGAUCAAUAUCGUCGCCUUGCUGCUCAACGAGAGAAUCCAGACGCGACCGACGGAGCCGCUGUACACGCUCCACUCGUUGGCCAGGGACUACCGCUGGUUCAAGAACUUCAUCGCCAAGGCCUUGGCCGUGCCGGUGCAUCCCGAGAUCGGAACUGACGGCAACGAGGAGAACGUCGAGCAAGAGAUACUGGAGUCUCUGAGACCACACGACGAAUUGAUCGCGUUCGAUUCGUCGAACACGUUGCGGCUUAAGCAGAGGCACCGAGCGAGCAAACAACCGACGAGCGCAUCCAAGGUCAAGGGACACUUCCUGUCGGAGCGCACCAUGUUGGUGGCCGUACCCGCCAUUAAUAUUGCGAUUUACGUCAACCCGGUCUUUGCUUUCCUGGCGAAGGCAACUCUGAUUACCGUGACGAUAGGAGAGCGUGGAACACCGACCGGAAAAGCUUUGGAACGAUACCGAUUACUUAGGACGCUGCUCAGCACCGAAUUCGCGUUUCGCCCGAUCGCGGACCGAGAUCUCGUCGAGGCGGAGUGGAGAGAAUCGUUGGACAUGCUACUGUCGGAGAAUUGUCUGCGUCGCGCGCAGGACGAUUCGAUUUUCCCGGGAGAAAACGAGAAACUGUUCUCAAUCCUGCACAACAUAGCGCUGCCUUUCGUGGACGUCAUGUGUGCGAUGUGCGCCGUACUUGAGCGGGGUGAGGUAGUGUCGAGCGGACUCACGAAUCGCGCGAUACUCGUCGAGAUGCAGAAGGAGGUGGAGAAAUUGAUGCUGGCCGGCGACCCCUGCUGUCAACACCCGUACUGUUUGUCCCUCGACCUGUACAGCACGACGUUGUCCACACUGCUGUCGCAAGGCGUCGUCGAGAAGUGUCCGGAACGCGGUACGUACCAGGUGAAUGAAAGUAACCUGGUGAAUCUCAUCGGCGCGUUGCGCGAUUUACCGAUGCGACGCCCCACGGUGCGUUACAUCGAUACACUUCUUUCGAUCAUUUCGCCGUCGACGGAGGUGCAAGCUAAAUUAUAGACGGCGGCUCACGCCGCGCGAAAUGCGUAUUAUUGGUAUCUGCGUGUAUGUGU